AGCAUUCAACAUUCAACAGUCGACUAAAGGACUCUUUUAUUAAAAUUUAUUAAUAAUGGCACAUAUGGUGGAUAAUUUAAUUCAACCUAAUUUAGGUUCAGUUACUGAUUCUUUAGUUCCAGAAUGGCUUAGUUCAGAGCAAAGUACAGGAACAUCUAUCAUAGCCUGUGAAUUUGAUGGAGGUGUAGUAAUUGGAGCAGAUUCUAGAGCAACUACUGGAUCUUACAUUUCCAAUCGUUUUGCUGAUAAGUUAACUAAAAUCACAGAUUACAUUUAUUGCUGUCGCUCUGGUUCUGCAGCUGAUACUCAAGCCAUUUCUGAUAUAGUUGCUUAUCAUUUGAGUUUGCACAAAAUGGAGUUGGGCAUAGAGCCCCUAGUAGAAACAGCAGCAAAUGUGUUCCGUGAAUUAUGUUACAACUAUAGGGAUUCCUUAAUGGCAGGAUUCUUAAUAGCAGGAUGGGAUAGCCGUAAAGGAGGUCAAGUUUAUAGUGUUCCCCUAGGUGGUAUGUGUAUACGUCAACCAAUUUCCAUUGGAGGAUCUGGUUCAACCUAUGUGUAUGGUUACAUGGAUUCACAGUACAAGCCAAACAUGACAAAGGAUGAAUGUGUUAAACUAAUUGAACACACAUUAGCAUUGGCAAUGUCCCGUGACGGUAGCAGCGGUGGUGUUAUUCGAACUGGCAUUAUCACGGAAAAAGGAAUUGAAAGAAAAGUUAUACUGGGCAAUGAAUUACCACGAUUCUAUGAGGGGUGAAAAUCAUAAGAACUAGAUUUAAACAAAACGUUUAUCCAAACUUUAUUAUGUAUU